AUGUGUGACGUCACGCAUAUAACAGAGAAAGACGAUUUCGCGAACAACAAAGAAUUCAUCACUCUACACGUUUAUAAAACCAACGGAGACAGGGUCUACUAUCCUGAUGACGCUUUACUUAGUGGUACGAAGAUAAACUCGCCCCACUAUUUAGCCCGUAUAAACGCAGGAGCCGGUUCAAGUACCUACACUCUGGUGGUAUCCCAGUAUGAGAAGACUAGUACUAUUAGCUACAGUAUUCGAGUGUUUUGUACAGAGAACUUCAAGAUAGGUAACAUCCCCCACCACUAUCCAUACGAGUUCAAGUUAACAGGAGAGUGGACUGCUCAACUUGCUGGAGGCUGCCCUAACUACAGCACCCACAAGAACAACCCGACCUACCUUCUAACAGUGGACCCUCACGACUGUUCAGAGACGGAGUGCUUUGUUAAGCUGGAGGCUCCCAAAGCUUUUCAUACUGGCUUCUCCAUCGUCCCAACUUCAGAUCAAAAGUUCAGCAAAACGAACUCCGGGAAAUUCAGAAACGGAAUGUCCGUGAAAAUCUUCAAACGUCUACCAGCGGGGACAUACCACAUAAUACCAUCUACAUUUGAGCCUGGACAGUGCGGGAAGUUCUUCUUAACAGUCGGCUCUACUAACCGUAUCAAAAUAGCAAGGAAGAGUUGAUGAUGCCGGUUUAGCUUGGAUUAGUGUGAAGUUUCUAGUGGGUUUUCUAGAGCACGUGCGCUGCAAAACUGCAGUUCAGAAUUGAGAAGAAUUUGAUAUUGUUAUUGUUAAUUUUAAUAUUGAUAAUUGGUUACUCUUUGUACUUUUUGUCAGUGAAUAGUCACUGACGUUCGUGCUAAUGUAAACAGAAAAUGAAGUCUCUUUGAGAUUUAAAACAGCUCUUUGAAGAUACUAUAGCCGCGAGGGACUACGGUAUAAUAUUAAUAGUAUAAUACCAUUUAAAGUAACAUUUACCAUUUAUAGUGCCAUUUACAUUGUUCAAGUUCUUUAGUAGUUAAGUUUUAUUAAGUAUUAUCAGAAUGAAUGCAAACUAUGACAUUUUAAUACAGGUCUAUUUAAUGUUUGCAAUUUCGUAGUGUUUUUAAAUUCUGUGUUAUAUAAAUUAGGAUAAGGUACAGAGGAUUGGUCGUAUUUUACCAGUAUCUUCUUGUUGGUUGUGUGGAUAAACCGAUUUCAAUUUGACAUUUGAAUUGAAGAAACAGUAUAA